AUGCCCGUGUACACGCUUGUGCCGCGGGCACCGGGCACUGACAAGGCGCAGAUGGAGCUGCUCUUUGACACAAUCCCAUCGCUCCUCGACAUUGCCGGGGAGGACCUGCGGAACUUUGGACCAGCCGACCUCCUGCGUACACUGCCCGAUGGCCUGACGCGCGUAUCGGUCGACAUGCGCGACGUUCAUCGGCGCCUCAUGGAGGCCAUCGGUGUCGACGCUGCGGUGUACGAUGACGCCGUGCAGCGUGACAAGGCAGACGGCAAGGACAUGUCGCUUGCACCCCUCGACGAUCACCUCGAAGGCGACCACCGGCUGAUCUACGAGGCCGAGGUGCUCGAGGCGUGUGUCAUGUCGACGCUGCCAACCCAGAUUGCCGACCUCGUGUACGACUACAUGGAGUCCCGCAAGUGCGCGUGCCCGGCCGGCUGCGCCCGCAAAUUUCACAUUGAGGAGCUGGAACAGCACUGCAUGGAGCACUUGGAGAUGCAGGAAGCGGUUGAUAUGCUGGAGCCCGUUGGCAGCCACAUGGGCACGAACCACCCGCAAUCACAAGCAGCAGCAUCGUCUUCAUCGUCGUCAUCGUCGACAGCGAACAGAGCGCCGCUGCCGCCGCCUCCGCUGCCUCAUCCACAUCACCACGAGCAUCAUCACCAACACCACCAUCCACAGUGCUUCCAGCACCACCAUCAUCACGAUCAACAACAACAACAACAACAACAGCAGCAGCAGCAGCAGCCGUAUGUACCGCGUCGUGUUUCGACGCUGGCGCCUCAAGUUGUACAGGCCCUCGAUGAAUCAAUGCAACAACAACAACAGCAGCAGCAACAACAGCAGCAGCAGCAGCAGCAGGGGGAGCAACAGGGGGAGCAACAACAGCAGCAGGGGGAGCAGCAGCAGACAAGCGACACCGUGCCCACCGUCUCGUGCAGAGUGUGCGGCCAUGUCCACACAACAGCAUCGGUCCUUGACGGCAACCAGGCGCAGCAGAGAGGGGCUGCGCCGCUGGCAGCCGCGAACAUGUCUCUGCUGGGCCAGAAUCUCACCUCAGCAACGGCGACACUGCCGCUCCAAGGAUCCCCCUCAGACACACUUGCAACAGACGACGUGCUUUCUGUGAACCGACCGGCGUAUGCCGCCAACUUGACAGACGAUGUCUUGCUUGACGAGCCAGAGGACCACCAGGCCAUGGUCGACAACAUCCUCGACGAGAUUGUGCCGAUGCCGGAGAUGUUGCAUGAGGGCGAGACGCUGUCUGUGCUGUUGCCAUCGUUUGAAGCUGGCGCAGACGUUGACAUGGUCGCAGACGCGUGGGAUCACCUCGCAGAGUGGCUCGACUACUACCCAGACGACUCAGCAGAGCGGUGGGCGCAUCUCCUGCCCGCGCUGCAGGCCGUCAACCGCCGCAUCGCCGCACUCGCGCCCCUCAUCAAAGCAAAAGAGCGCGUGCUUGGCAUCCGCGCGCAGAUUGCAAACGACUACCACCACCGCCUGGCCAGCAUGGCGCCCGCACCGGACCCGGAGACGCAUCGCAUCCGCUCGCACAUGGUGGAGGUGCUGUGCCUGACGACGGUGAUUGACAACUACCUGGAGAUUACGCGGCGGCGCAUCGCCGUCUUUAAGCAGGACCUCGAGUCUGUCAGCUCCCUUGCAAAGCGAAUGAGCGACAGCAUUCAGGAACUCUCAAAGCAGGUGAAAGUGCACGAGAUGGAGAGCGUGCACCUGGAAUCGCUGGAAGUGAAGGCACUGCAGGAGCAGAAGCCCGACAAGCGCAGCAAGAAGAAGCAGCCGGAGCAGGAGCAGGAGCAACAGGAGCAAUCACGGCAGCAGCAACAGCAGCCGGAGCAGGAGCAAGAGCAAGAGCAGCAACUGCCGGAAAAUUACCGUCAGCAGAAGGAGGAGCUCAGCAAAAAAGUGUCUGUGGCGCACCAGAAGAUUGGCACGCUCAAGGAGAAGUAUAGCCGCACGCUGCGCAUCCUCGUGCGGACGGGCGAGAAGCUCUCUGCACAGGAGGAGAUGGAAAGCUCCCUCAUGCGGCUGCGGCAGCAGUGCAAUGAGGUGCUUGGCGACACUGUGGAGACUGGAUCCUCUGUCACCGGCGCUGCCGCGCUGCAAUCCUCCAUGGUGGUAUCCGAGCAGCAGCAACAACAACAGCAGCAACAACAACAACAGCAGCAGCAGCAGCAGCAAGCAGAGGGUUCGGGUGCCGAGUCAUCAAGUCACCGCAGUGGUGAUAACCAAAGCCACGACCAUGGUGGCGAUAAUGAUGAUGACGAUGAUGACGACGACGAGGGUAACGGUGCACCUUCAGGUGUUGAUCCUGCGCAGGCAAACGCAACCACAAUGCAAGCCAACCAAGAUGCGCCACAGCAGCAGAAAGAGCAGCAGCAGCAGCAGCACGCGUCUACACCUGCCAACGCGUCAGCUUCCUCUUCAUCGGCAUCGACCACAGCAGUCGCAACGUCGUCGUCGUCGAACGGCGGUGGCGCCUCUGGCAGCGGCGGGACGCGGCGGGUCAUGCUGAACACGAUUGACCUGCAGCCAAUCAUUGCCUUUGAGAAGCAGGAAGGGGAGGACCUGGACCGGCUGAUGGAUGAGCACUCGACCAAGGUGGAGGACCGGGCACAGCUGUUUGACCUGAUUCGCGAGUCUGCGUACGACGACCCCAUUGUGCAGGUGGUGAAGGAUGCGCUGCGGGAGAAGAUGUCUGUGCUGGCGAAUGCAGCGCAGCUGAUCCAGAUGCGAAAGGCGCACGAGACGCAAAAGGGCAAGGAGCGCGAGGUUGAGGAGGCGGCACAGGCGCUGCUGGCUGCCGAAGAGGCGGAAAAGGAGCGCAAGCGGCAGCAGGCGCGCGCACGCAAGAAGGCGCGGGAAAGCAAGGAGCGCAAGAAGCAGGAGGCGGCCGAGCGCAAGGCGGCCGAGAAGCAGAAGCAGCAGCAGCAACAGCGGAAGAAGGACAAGGAGCAGCGGGAGAAGCAGCGGCAGCAGGAGGAGGAACGACAGCGGCAGCUGCGGCGCGUGAUUGAGGAGCGGGAGGAGGCAGACCGCAGGCUGUUUGCGGAGCAGCGCAAGCGGGAGCUGGAGCAGAAACGCAAACAGGAGGAAGCCAGGGCCAGGGAGAAGGAGAGGAGGAGGAAGGAGGCGGAAGCCAAGGCCAAGGCCAAGGAGAGGAGGAGGAAGGAGGAGGAAGAAAAGCGCAAGAAGCAAGAGCAGGAAAGAAUACGCAAGGAGCAGGAGAAAAAGCGCAAGGAGGAAGAGAAGCGCAGAAGAGAAGAGGAAAAGAGGCGCAAGGAGGACGAGAAAAGGCUGCAGCGCAAGAAGAAGGAAGAGGAAGAGGAACAAGCGCGCCAACGCAAGCAGCAGCAACAGCAACAGAAGCAGAAGCAAGCUGCAACGCCACAAACCCCAACGAAGCGAGCUACGGGCGGCAAUGCACGCACUGCACCUGCCUCCCCUCGUCCCUCUUCCAAGCCAGCAUCAGGAUCAGGUCCACAGAAGUCGCAGCAGCAGCAGCAACAGCCAAGACGUGGGCCAACAGCGGUAUCAUCUGUGCAACCAAGUCCACAGCGGUCCUCGGUUGCUGCUGCUGCAGCAGCUGCUGUGAGUCAGCACGCGGCGAAACCAGCCGUCGUCGCAUCCGCCUCCGCGCCAUCCACGCCCAGGAAAGCACCCGUGUCGUCGUCGUCAGCUCAGAGCAAGCAGAAGCAGCAAUCCUCGAGGGCGACAAGCAAGCCCUGGUCGACACAGGAGCGGCAGCCUGCAUCCACAGCAGUGUCCGCGGCCAAGCCAAUGCGCACAGCGACAACGGGCGGUGGUGCAACCGGGGCGCCGUCAGCAAGCCGGCAAGUUGGAGGCAGUAGCAACAACAGCGGCACCAGUGGGAGCAGGGGCAGCAGUGACGCUCCUGGUGUGAUGACCGCGCCCAACAGCGACCACGCUACAGACAAGCCUGUUGUGUUCGAGAAUGAGGGCGAGCUGACAGCUCGAUACAAACAGAUGAUGUCUGGCUUGCUGCCCAAGCCUCCCGCAGACCACAUGGUGCGGCCUGUUGCUGCGCAGGCAACGAUGCAGAUGUUCCCCCACAGCCCUCUGAUUUCGGCCGCCCCGAUGGUGGCAUCAGCCAAGCAGCCAUCACAACAACAGCAAGAGGCGGCGACGGCAGAGCAGACCCCCAAUGGCAGUGUUGUCGGUGCCGCUGAGCUGGAGCAAGGUCAACAAUCGGCAAGCACCGCGGCUGCACCGGUACAGGGACCAACACCCGCAAAGGCAACACCCACAGAGCCAACACCCGCACAACGACAACAACAACAGCAGCAGCAGCAGCAACAACAGCAGCAGCAGCAGCAACGGCAGCAGCGGCAGCAGCGCCUGGCUGAAGCAAAUGAUGGGGCUGAUCAGAUGACACGGGAUUCGCAGCCGUCGCUGCAACGGGUCCUUGAUGCGACGCAGGAAGGCGACAAGGCUUCUGAGGCUGUUGAUGAUGCCAAGGGCGCCCAGCACGUCCGCCAGUUGCUGCGGUCGGUGCCUGUGCCGCCGCCCAAGCCCGGGGACUCGCAGUCGCCACUGCAGCCAUCGGCAGAUGCCCAGGCUGUACAUGAAGACGACGCGGGCGUGGGCCUCUCACUGCAGCCCGCGGCAUUUGCAAGCAACGGCAGUGGCAGUGGCAGUGGCAGUGGCAGUGGCAGUGGCAGUGGUGUGGUGGGUGCACAGUGGGAUGUUCGUCGUGCUGACCGCACAUACGGCGGUGGCAGUGACGGUCGCCAACGUGCUCAGCAUCUUCCACAACAGCAGCAACAGCAACAUGUGGGAUCUCGGCAGGUGGCCUCAGGAGCGUACCACAAGACGCCAAUAGCCUCGCCCCGUCGCCAGCAACAGGCGCGCAGUUUCCACGGCGGGCGUGAGAUGCAGGCCCCAUACCACCGCCAGCAGCACCAGCAGGAGCAGCACCAACACGCCAACCAGCAAUACGCUCCUCCGCCACAGCGGAGACGGCCGCAAGCGACAGACCCCGCGCGCACGCUGCUGUCCGACCCCUCGUUCAUCCCGGCACAUGCGCACCCGCUCGGACCUGCGCCGGGUCAGCAGCCAGAGAUGCAGACACAGUCGCGGUCGGGCGCAAACAGCACGGGCCGCGGCACGCCGCACAUGGACGAGUUUGGGGCGCUCGCGCCCAUCCCACCCACCCUGUCCGGUGCCGGUGAGUUUGCAGCUGACGCGCGGUCCAGUGCAGCGCACAACGGCACACGCAAUGCUCCGCACCAGCGCCAGCAGCAACAGCACGGUGGUGCGUUUGGGAUGCCGCUCUCUGCGCCUGCGUCAAGCCAGAUUGUGGACGGGUCGCAGUUUGGCGGGUCCUGGCCCGUUGUGGAGCGGGGUGGCUACAACACCGUCACACCACGCACGCAGCCGUUGCAAGCGCCAGUGGCUGCGGCUGGGAAGGUGCCACAGGUCAGCAGCGGCCGCGGCGGCCGCGGCGGCGGAGGCGGCGGAGGCGGCGGAGGCGAUGUGGAUCAUGCGAGGCUGUUGGGCGGCAACACCAUGCAGCGAGAACAGCGGCAGGCGCCUGCUGCGCUGACUGACUGGACAAUGCCUGCAUUUGACGAGAGCGUUCGUGCGCUCUGGUCAACGACGGAUGCGGAUGAGCACACGCCUUCGUUCCACGCGCCAACGCAGGAAUACGCCACCACCACCGCGCAUGCGACAAGUCCACAGCGGCAGCAGUCGCAGCAACAGCAGCAAGGGCAGCACCGCAGCGGGUAUGCGGGCAUGUCUGUGGCGUCGUCGGUGCCCUCAUAUUGGCCACAGCACGACCACCAACACAAUCACCAGCAGCAGGCGCACAGCGAGCAGCACAAGGUGCCGAGUCCCGGGACGAGCGGCACUGCGACCUUGCAGCCGCUGUCGGCGCAUGCUGCCGAGUGGCGUGUUGGAGAGCAUGGUCGUGUGCAGGACAGCUGGAGCGCGCCAGCCACGAUGCCGGCGCCACAGAAAGAUGCUCCGCCGUACAUUCCCGGGCAGGGCACGGUGCCCACGGCCUCGUCCACGUCAGCAGCUGUUGGCGGUGUGAUGGGCGUGCCGUCAGCCAGCAGCUGGUCGACAGCGUAUGACGACAGCACGCCGGCGGAAGCGUCGCAGCCGCUGGGUUCAAUGCUGUUUGACACGCAGCCCAUGUCUGUGUGGGGGCCGCCGAGCGAUGACCAGCCACACAUGCAGCACCAACAGCACCAGUCAUCUCAGUUGCCUGAGGCGGAUUGGGGCGCGUACGGCGCGACGUCUGCCGGGUAUGACCUGACGGGCCUCAUGAGCGACUGGGGCUCAUCUUACACGCCACUCGACCUCCCGGCCUCUCCGUCCGAUCACGCCAUCAGAGACAUUGAACGUGAGCUGCAUGAGCUUGUGGACACGGACUCGGACCCCAACGAAUAGCCAGGCUGCCGGCCCCUGUUUGUUGACGUUGUUGGGUUGCUCAUUUGUCAUGAUUUGAUUCUAGGAUGAGAUGUAGUGCUGAUGCGUCACUUCUUUCCCUCGCUUUUUCCUUUCUCCCACCUCUCUGGGAGUUUUCCCCCUCUCUAUCUUGGAAGCAGUGUGCUCCACUCCCUGUCCCCCCCCCCUUUCUCCUUUCUCGUUUGUGACCUUGCCCUGUUUUCGACGCAUCUGCCCAUCAUGUCAACUGUAUCCCAUCCCUCAAUUCAUACAUCUAUUUGUAACA